UUGGUCCACGUCUGAGGCGUCACGACGGCCAUAAGCCAACUCAUCUCUUAUUAUUUCUGCCUCAGGAAGUGAUUUAAGGCUGAUAAAGACCUCUUGAGAUAUUAUCCUCGCUGGAAAAGUUGGAAUAAUUACCUACGAGGAAUUAAUUACGGUAUUGAGGUGUGAAAUUAGAGAGAUAAUUACAUCAUCCAAUUGGAGAAAUCAAGACAAGGAAAAACCCGCCUUAUUUGACUUCAAUAUCUCCAUUAAACAAUAAUUGGCGUUAAAUGAAACUAAUACGCCAUAUUUUAUUAGUGUAUUUCAUCGUUAUAGAUACAUCAAAAGUGAUUAAUUGCAAUGGAAGUGAAGGAAAUGAUGGUAGUUCAUUACAACGAGGUCAUGCCGCACCCACAGGGAGACAGAGCUCACCGGGUCAAAAUAUUAUCUUAUGGUGGACUCCUUUUACGGGAAUUUCCGGCCAAUCUAGGAACUGUGACUUAGGAUCGUGUUAUUUUACAGAAGAUAGAAGUUAUAUACACAACAAGAAGACAAAAGCUGUGUUAUUUUACGGAAGUGAUUUUAAUAUAGAGGAUUUACCUUUACCCCGGCGGUCGCGUCAAUGGUGGGCGUUGCUACAUGAAGAGUCGCCCAAAAACCAACCAUUAUUUGACCACCAACCUGUCCUGGAGUUAUUUAAUUUAACCUCAACCUUCCGUAGAGAAUCAAACUUUCCAUUAACACUACAACAUCUUGAAUCCAUCCAAUCAUUAACCACCACCAAGGAAUUUAUCCCAACUAAUCAGAAAACCCAAUUAAUGGCCACAGAUAAUUUAGCCCCAAUUGUCUAUGUUCAAUCAAACUGUGACACACCAUCAGAGAGAGAUAAUUACGUUGAGGAAUUAUCUAAAUAUAUUAAAAUAGACUCAUAUGGAGCCUGUCUACACAAUAAAGACUUACCAUCACAUCUCAUAGACCCAGCAGAAAAUUUCGACCAUUGGGAAUUCAGAUCAUUAAUGGCUAGAUAUAAAUUCACUUUAUCUAUAGAAAACGCAGCUUGUGAGGAUUAUAUCACCGAGAAAUUGUGGCGGCCAAUUACUCUCGGUUCUGUACCUAUUUACUGGGGUUCACCAACUAUCCAAGACUGGUUACCAAAUCCUAGUUCAAUAAUUCCAAUAUCUGACUUCCAAUCACCUAGAGAAUUAGCCACAUAUAUUACCACAUUACUAGACGAUGAUAAACAAUAUGAGAGUUAUCUAACGCAUAAAUUACAUCAAAUUAUCACAAAUAAUUAUCUUUUAGAAGCCAUGAACCAAAGAAAAUGGGGUAUUAACAAUGACUUUGAGAGGGGUAACUUUAUUGAACAUUAUGAGUGUUACGUUUGUGACCAAAUCCUGACAAAACAUGGAAAAUUAAGGGAAAAGGGUCAUUUAGGGGUAUUUAUGGCAUCUUUAGGGCAUUAUGGCUGUCCUGAACCCUCAAAUACCCUAACUGGUACCCCAAAUCCGAAGAGUUUUUGGGUGCAACAGUGGCAUAAGGGGCGAAUUGAAGCUAUGGUCCUAAAUAGAUUGAUAUCAACUUCUGGGACGCUUUCAGUGAGUCAAUUCUACCAAGAAGUGAUUGAGGAAUUGCAAAAUGAUGGCUUCUUUGUCAGAUACCCACCAGAACAUGAAGAACUGUGAGAUUUUACCCAGAAAUAUGGAAUCUGAGGUCAUUUUCAUGAGUACAAUGACAUAAGUGUUAGUUUUUGAGUCCAUAUGUACUUAAGUCAAUAACAAAAUAAGUGUAGUUUCUAAGUCCAUAUUUACUCAAGUCAAUAACAAGAUAAGUGUAGUUUUGAAUCCAUAUGUACUUAAGUCAAUAACAAGAUAAGUGUAGUUUCUGAAUCCAAAUCUACUUAACCACAUUGUAACAUAAUUUAACAUCACUAAAGAUAAUUAUUAAUUUAUCCAUUAACAAUAAAGUCUUCCAAAUAAUGUUCAAAAAUUAUUAUAAUGAUUUAAGCUCAAAUAUGUAUAAUCUAUGGGCAUGUAUACAUAUGUAGAUUCAUGUACGUUUAAUACAACUCAUGUAUGUAUACUAGAUUCAUGUACGUUUAAUACAACUCAUGUAUGUAUACUAGAUUCAUGUACGUUUAAUACAACUCAUGUAUGUAUACUAGAUUAAUGUACGUUUAAUACAACCCAUGUAUGUAUACUAGUCAUGUACGUUUAAUACAACCCAUGUAUGUAUAAUAGACCAAUGUACACUAGACCCAUGUACACACAACUCAUGUACGUAUAGAUACAUGUACGUUUAAACACAGUGCAUAUAUAACUGGAAUAAGACUUUAUUUAGCCAUACACAUCAAUGUAUAUUUUUGUAUAGAAUUAAAUAUUGCAUAAUUAUACACCUUAGUUUAUAUCACCUGUAGAUUAAGCACCCUAACCUAAUCCUAAUGUUAAGCUAAUCUAACCCUUACCUAACCUAAUCUAACCCUAACCUAACCUAACCUAACCUAACCUAACCCCCCCCAAAUAACACUAGGGUGGGUAAUCUUCAGGUGAUAAAUCUACUUCUGUAAAUAACCGUAAAUAUUAUUUUUUUUACGAGAUAAAUUUACCGUUAAUGUAAAUAAUUAAAAUAAAAUUAACACUUUA